GAAGGGAGGGAUCAUGCCAUGGUUGAGACAUUCACUUCAUGACUCAACCUACCAUCUACCAGUUACCUAGUAAUGACAGAACACACUAACAACAAAACUGUUGGAUUUCACGGGAUACUUGAUUACCAUAUUCCCUAACUGCCGGAGAGUUGUAGCUUUUUCAACCAAGGGAACUCUGACAGAUGGAUGUGAAGAUGAAAUAUCAAUGACAGAACACACUGGCCACAAAACUGUUGGAUUUCACUGGAUACUUAAUUACCAUAUUCCCUAACUGUGGAGACUUGUAGCUUUUUCAACCAAUGAAACUCUGACAGAUGGGUGUGAAGAUGAAAUAUCGAUGUUAAAUACGGAGGCGUAAUGGUGGGGUUGUGUGUGGAUUCAUCUGACAGCAGUUGGCACAUCAUACUAACAGAAGAAAGAAACACUAGUGCUUGAGGAUCCAAAUGGUACAAACCCCUGGAUGUGGCUAAUUUGAGGACAAUUAUGAAAGUGAUGUUUUUUGAGUGGUCGCUUGCAAUCCUGCUCUCCAUACAGCUUUUGGUUUUAGCAUCGGAGCUGGAGAUGAUUGACUAUGAGAGUCAACACGUCACCUACUCAAAGGGUCUCUCGAACUGCACAGUGAAGGCAUGUGCUGGGAUUCCGAUCCAAAAGUGUCCUGUGGAUGUAAAAGGGCUGGCGGUGCAGCCUGUGCUGUGCUGCAGACAGGACACGGCAUGCAGACCUUGCCUACACAUUCGCCUUGACAUCCAGCCCAGAGACGACCAGACAGCAUCGUAUGUGAGUGUGUGUUACACUGUGCCACAGCUAAUAAUGCCUCUGUGCAAAAAGCUCGAGUUCACAGUGAUCCCUGCUGCUCCGGAUGAGCAGGCUUCAUCAAAGCAGGCCUGGCUGUCACUGCUGCUUGAGUCUAAUGCCCUGUCCUUCAGCAGUCAGGUGACUGUGUAUGCUUGCAACCUUCACUCAACUGUGAUUCUUCCGUCAGUGGAUGAAGUGUGUUCAUCCGCCUCACAGGGAGUUGUAGAGGAAUGUGAAGUCCCCAGUUUCAGCACACUAAUUGAUCCGGAGAGACGUGAGGUGAUGCUGCAAGUCGCAAAGGAAGAGGACAGCCCCUACCAACUAGAAAUGUGCCUACAACAUGAACAUAAUGGAAUGUGCAGGACCUGGAAAGAGAAGUCCCUUCCACUGCACUCUGUCACCCCCUGCAUGUGCUUCCAGUUGUGGUGGGAUAAAGGAGACGAGAGGUCUCGUCGAUCUAGGAGCUGUCCUUUUAGGAACAACACCGAGCUGUUCCAGAGGAACCUAUGGGAGAAUGUGUCAGUAUCUGUGGUGCGGGGCCAGAUGAACAGUGGUGGUGCAAUGCUGUCCUGGAACCUGACUGCCCCCUGUAGGGUGGAGGCUGAAGUGUGGCCCUGCCAGAGAGAUGCAGGCGUGGACAAGGACAGAUGCAGAGAGCUGGGGGACAUUAGGCAGCAUCUGUCAAAUGACAUAUGGAGGGAAAUUGACAGGGGACACUGGCUGAUGCCAGGUGUGUUUGAGGAUGUCAAACCUGGCCUUGAUCUCUGUGUGAUGGUGAAGGUCAAAGGGAAGAACAGUGAGCUUGGCCCCUUCUGUCCCAUUGACUCCAGAUGGUGGCACUGGCGCUGGGGUCUGGUUGUCCUGGUCACCCUGAUGCUCGUAGGCCUAGCAGGAAUUUGUCUCUAUUUCCUGCAUGGCAAACUGAAACGGUGGGCAUGGGAAUGGCACCAGAAGGAGUGUGAUCAACUACCUAUAAGGGGCCACGUGGUGCUGCUGAGCCCGCCGGAUGUGGAUAACUCUGUGUCAGAGCUGGUAUGUGAGCUUGGCUCCUCUCUGCGUGCCAGGGGCCUCAGUGUGUCCGUGGACCUGUGGAGUCGGGCUGAGUUGUGCUCUCUGGGGCCCCUGCCCUGGCUGCACUCCCAGCUGCAGCCCCUGGACAGCCAGGGGGGCCGGGCCUUACUGGUACUGACGCAGGCAGCCUGGAAGAAGGCAGAGGACUGGGGCCAACAGUGGGACCAGCAUGGCCAACAGCGAAGGGACAUAGCCCAGGGAGUGGAGGAGGAGGGGGAGUAUAAGAGGCUUCUCCAGGGCUUGUACUCCCCAUACGCGGACGUGUUCAGUGCCGCUCUGAGCUGCAUCAAGGUGGACCACCAGCAAGGGCGCGCUGGAAAGCGCUUCCUCCUGGUCCACUUUGAGGCCCAUUCUGCCAAGCUCCUCAGCAGUGAAAGGGGUCCCCCAGAGCUGUUCCAAGGGCUGCCCUUGUUUCACCUGCCCUCCCAGGGACAGGAGCUCCUCGUUCAGCUGGCCAUAGGGUCUAAAGGGCCCAGGGCUGGUAUAGGUGGAUAGAGGGGCUGAAGGACGCUCUAUUUACGGACUGUUUAAGGGGACUCCAGGGUUUGAGGAGAGACAGUGGGAUACCUGAUGAAGGGGUUUCCCCGUAAGUGUGUUGUCAUUGGUGUGGAGAACAGCUGACUGUGCCCUUACAGCAGAGCAGUCACCCUGAGGCCUAAUUUCUCCCAGCCAUCCAAGCCUGCUCACAUCAUCACCCCAACACCCCCGGCCACUCACUUUACAUUAGCACUGCAAUACACUAGACACAACUUGUUGGAUGCAGAACCCUUGGAUUAUACUCUAUGUGGUGAUGUUAUUAAGAGGGCUAGAGUUAUUGAGAGUGUAUGAAACAACAACACAGCUGUCACCCUCCGUACACCUUGAGGAUAGACUUCUAUGUGUGACACUAUUAUAUAAGUUAGAGGAGACCAGGGAACAAAGUAACAGUUUAAGCUUUUGUUUAGUAUGAAAAUAAUAUUUGAUGUAGAUAUUCAUUAUCUUUUUAUACAAACACACAUAUCUUAGCUACCAUUAUACACUGUAACGAAGUUUACAAUCUGUAGAAAUUAUGAGAAUAGAAAGGUCAUCACACAGAACAGUAUAUGGCAACUAGAAAUCAAAACUGGAUGGUCUUCAGAGAUAGAUGGGAGGGGUUGAGGGUAGCUGAAGGAUGGGACUAAAAACAAACAAAAGAUAACUAAUGUAAAGUAUACUGUGUCUGUAAAAUGUAUAUACAUAUAUGAUAUAUAUAUCGUAUAUAUCAUAUAUAAAUGUGUAUAAGUUGGACGUA